UUCCAAAAUGGCUGUGUCCAACUUCGAAAACGUUUUUUAGGAUUAUAUUUGUUUAUUGUGCUGAACGAACAGCACUAAUAUCACGUAUAAUAACAUAGAUGAGGUUAAAUAUUUUAUUGGAAAUCGCUUGAAUUUACUUGCAAAGUUAAGCGGUCGCAAUUGUGAUCCAGAAUGGCGUAUGGAACGUACCCCAAAAGCAGAAUGUGAAGAAUUUAUGGUUAUGGGAGGUCACUAGUCAAUGAUUGAAAUGACUUUGAACCAAUGAGAUUACUAGAAGCUUGCGUGACUGAAAUAUUUGCCAAUCAUCGGGGCAAGUGCUAUCUUUGUACAUGUUCCAGGGUGCGCGCACAGGAGAACAUUUCCUGCCCUGAUGCAUGGUGGUCGAACCGAAGGGAUUGUUGGAAAUUUUUGAGAGCGACAAUGCUGUUGGCUCAGAUUAACCGGGACUCCCAGGGCAUUGCAGAGUUCCAAAAUGCAGGUGGAGACACUCAGCAGGUCACCCUCUGUUUGGCAGAGACUGUUUCAGAUGGCGAUCAAAUGGACAUGGACACUGUGAGUUUACAGGCUGUGACCCUUGCAGAUGGCUCUACAGCUUACAUACAGCACAACCCUAAAGUCUCCAUUUCAGAUGGAAAGUUCAUGGAUGGACAGGUCAUUCAGCUGGAGGAUGGAUCUACUGCAUAUGUCCAACAUGUAUCGAUGCCAAGAGCAGAGGAGGCCAACAGGUGGACAGGAUCCCCUUUGUGUGAUGUAAUUGGAGGAGAUGGUCUGAGACUUGAGGAUGGUCAGGCUGUGCAGCUGGAAGAUGGCACAACGGCUUACAUCCACACACCAAAAGAUACAUAUGACCAGAAUACCCUGCAGGCUGUUCAGCUGGAGGAUGGCACCACAGCUUACAUCCAGCACACAGUACAGAUGCCCCAAACCAACACCAUCCUGGCCAUCCAGGCAGAUGGAACAGUGUCAGACCUGAACGCUGAUGGAACCCUCGACCAAGAGACCAUCAACGUGCUGGAACAAUACACCGCUAAGGUGGAAGCUGAUGAUGUCAACUCCGUACUGAUGAGAGCUGAGCAAGAUUGUGGUGUCCAGAUGCAGAUUGUGCUUCAAAGGCAGAGUGGUCGUAGUUCUAGGGAGCAGCCUACAGAGAAAUCUUUCCGCUGUGACUAUGAGGGCUGUGGGAAACUCUACACAACAGCACACCAUCUGAAGGUACAUGAGAGGUACCACACAGGUGACCGUCCAUAUCUGUGUGAUCAUCUGGGUUGUGGAAAGAAGUUUGCUACAGGGUAUGGCCUGAAAAGCCACAUCAGGACACACACUGGUGAGAAGCCUUAUCGCUGCCAGGAAGUGCACUGUGCAAAGUCGUUCAAGACGUCAGGUGACCUCCAAAAGCACAUCAGAACCCACACAGGCGAGAAGCCAUUCAUGUGCCCGUUUGAGGGGUGCGGGAGAUCGUUUACUACCUCUAACAUCAGGAAGGUGCACAUUCGCACACACACAGGGGAGCGGCCUUACUAUUGUGCAGAGCCUGGCUGUGGGCGAGCCUUCGCCAGUGCCACCAACUAUAAGAACCACGUGAGGAUCCACACAGGAGAGAAGCCUUACGUAUGCACUGUCCCAGGCUGUGACAAGCGGUUCACAGAGUACUCCAGCCUUUACAAACACCACGUUGUCCACACACCAUGCAAGCCCUACAACUGCAACCACUGUGGGAAGACCUACAAGCAGAUCUCCACCCUGGCCAUGCAUAAACGCACAGCGCAUAACGUCACAGAGCCCAUUGAGGAAGAGCAGGAGGCCUACUAUGAACCCCCUACAGAGGCCAUCGAUGAUCCCUCAGUGAAUUUUGCCCCGGUUGAGGAGGAAGAGGCGGAAGAGUCCUGUUCGGAACAGAUGACUGAGGCUGAGGCCAUUGGUCAGCAGCAUGUGCAGCUCAUAACACACCCGGAUGGAACUCAACAGGUCAGUAUCUCGCAGGCUGACAUGCAGGCGUUGGGGGAAACAAUUACCAUGGUAACCAGUGAUGGCACCACCUUCACGGUUCCUUCCCAUGYAAUGCUUAAUGCAGAUGGAACACAUUCAGUCACCAUGGUAGCAGRAGAUGGUACAGAAGAGCAGGUGGCAAUUGAUUUGGCCUCCUUUCAGGGCAUGCAGACAGAGGAGGGGGUUCACCCUGUCACUCUGUUAGCCACCUCAAACGGCACACAGAUCGCUGUCCAGCUCAGUGAACAACCUUCACUCGAAGAAGCCAUCAGGAUAGCAUCAAGAAUACAACAGGGAGAGAUGGGAUUGGACGAUUAGAUAAGCCUUUCAGUACUAUGACUUCUAUUGAAAUAUUUCAUGAGAACAAGAUAUUGUUCUUAAAUCAAACAUGAAAUUCUUUAUUAAGAUUUGUAAAUAGACAUUUUGAUAUGGCUGCACAAAGAGUCUGUAAUGCUGAAACAUCCAUGAGUGAGAUGUGUGUUGCUGCAUGAAUGAGAUAAAGAAAUGUAAUGUGUUUUUGGACUUUUCGUACCAUUUUUCCAUGUGUGAAUAUUGUAUUCUGUGUAUAUACAGUAAAUAGCCAAUGUUUUGAAUCCAGCAUAUAUUUUAACUUUGAAUAUGUACAAAUAAUGGAUACACAUUGGUUGUUAAAUAAAACAGUAAAAUUCUAUA